AGUAGUCCACGCCUCCCUAGCAACUGUCAAUCAAGUGACGCACAAGCUUCUGCAGGUGCUAAAGUGGGGAUUGUAUCUGAGCUGCAUCGGGGGGAAAAAAAAUCUAAAAACAUGGCCUCAGCUACAGAUGCACGCUAUGGACAGAAGGAGUCAACUGACCAAAACUUUGACUACAUGUUCAAGAUCCUGAUCAUUGGCAACAGCAGUGUUGGCAAAACCAGUUUCCUGUUCCGCUACGCAGAUGACUCCUUCACACCUGCCUUUGUAAGCACCGUAGGAAUCGACUUCAAGGUGAAAACCAUCUAUAGGAAUGACAAGAGAAUAAAACUUCAAAUUUGGGACACGGCUGGUCAGGAGCGUUACAGGACCAUCACCACCGCAUACUACAGGGGAGCCAUGGGUUUCAUUCUCAUGUAUGACAUCACCAACGAGGAGUCCUUCAAUUGCGUGCAGGACUGGUCAACCCAGAUCAAGACCUACUCGUGGGACAAUGCCCAGGUCCUUCUGGCGGGGAACAAGUGUGACAUGGAGGACGAGAGGAUUGUGGCUGGAGACAGAGGCAGGCAGCUGGCUGAUCAACUAGGCUUCGAGUUCUUUGAGACCAGCGCCAAGGACAAUAUCAAUGUCAAGCAGACUUUUGAGCGCCUGGUAGACAUAAUCUGCGAGAAGAUGUCGGAGACUACCGACGGCAGCGACCCCAACGCUGCAGGGCCCAAGGUAGGCCCGAGCCUCACCGAGCAGCCUCAGCGCAGCCACCAGGACUGCGCCUGCUGAGGACGCUCUCCACCCAGUCCAUCCACCACCACCACCCCUCUGCCCCUCUCCCCUCUGCCUGCCACCCGAAGAGCAGGCCUUUCCUGGAGAUCUGGGUUGGAGGGGCUUGGUAAGGCUCCGCUCCAUUCCAUAGUGUCCCUUAGGUGUUCUACAUAAAUGGAUUCUUGUCUUUCUUGUUUUUUUUUUUGUUUUUUUUUUGUUUUGUUUUUUUAGGGACAACUUAAGUAAGGACAGGUUUGUCAGUGACUUUUAACAUGAUGCAAGGAAACUGGAAUUUGAAAGCCUGUAGUGUGAUCAGGAGUAGAGAGUGCUAGAACUAGAUACUCCUCCAUAAGAGAUACCAAGCGCUCCUGCAUAUUCACAGGUGUUAAUCAAUUUCUCUGUUUUCUGACAGUCUUGGCCCUGGCCCAUGGUGUUACACAUUACCAGAACAAUUUUUUAAACUGUUGUGCGCCCUCUUCUCCCUGUUUUUUUUUUUUUUUAACCUACUUGUUUAGUUAGGAGGAAAAAAAAUAUUGAAAAGUGUACCUGUAAAGUAGAAGAGUUUAUAUAAAUGUGAAGAAUAAGAAUAUAAAAGAGAAGAAGAAAAAUAUUACUGAUACAUUAUGGAAAGGCUACUGAAAAAUAAGCAUACACUGAUAAGAGAUCGGUUAAAUGUGUUAUACAUAUCUAUGGUGCGUGUGAAUGAUGCAUGACUUAAGACUUUAUUUGUUUACUCUUGUUUUUUUUUUUAAGCAAAUCAUUCCCCCUAAGCUUUUACUGAGCCACGCUUCUGUCCGCCCUUGUAGUGGAGCUCAAGUCUGUGCAGUCUGUGCUGUUAGGAUGCAUCAUGUGACCGGUGUGUGGUUAGAGAGGAUCAUGGAUGUGUCCCAUCUGAGAGUAUGUGUCCCGUCCCGCCCCAGCCACCCUUGUGCUCAAGGUGCACCAACACCCACAGGGUGCUCAGACUGCAGGGUUUGCAAAGCUGCUGAAAGUCAUAGCCAGAGUCUGUGUAGUUUCCUUGCCCGUGUGUCCGUCCGUCCGUCCGUCUCUCUGACUGACUGUCGUGGCACGGUUUUGUUAUUAAUUUGAGCAUGUGCUGGAAACUUGACUGACUGCUUGCUGAGCUUCAUCAGGUGAAAUGGACACUGCAGGGCAUAGGGACACCUAACAGAUGAUGAUGUCACUUGUGACAUAACAAAACUAUCCGUAUAUUUUUAUGUACAGUAUUUCUACACUCUCUGUAUUUAUUUCUGUCUGUAUUGAUUUAUUUAUGUAUUUAUUUUGCAUUUGUAUUCAUUGUGUAAAAUUGCACUCUUUCAUGGUGUUUUAAAAAAAAGACAGUGGGCGUAUUCUUACGGUUGUAAAAGGACUACUAGAUUUAAAUCUGACCAGUUUUGGUUGCAACUUCCAAGAAUUUUGUGGAUUCCCUAGAACGAACGGAGAAAGAGGAAAUAACACUAGAAUAAAUUUAAAGGGAAAAUGUCUGACAUCAAAGCCAGUAUAAGUCACUGUCAUCACUCCCUGUUCUUUCUCCAUUCCAAAAACAAGAUGGUUUCACUUGGUGACUAAAAUCUGAUGAGCGACAAACUCUAACGUGUAAGUGAUGGGUCACAGAAAUCCAAUACAUUAAAAUGGGCGAAGUGUCACGCAGGGUUCUACAUCAUAACUCUCUCCCUGCCAUCUGAGGUGUGUGCUGGAGUGUGAGAUGCUUAUCAGAAUGCCAAGAGUGACCGUUGCCUGUCACAUUAAGGCUGUGUUAGUAUAUUUGUUGGUGUAUGUUGGCAGCUGUAGACAUGCCAUGAGCUAGUUCCCCGAAGUUACACUAUGCCGUCUUCCUUUCUGUAAAUGAGACGUUUUCUGGGGUUGAAGUUGCUGUAUGUGUGAGAUGUCCUGUAAUGUUUUGGAAGGAAGUAAUAAAAGAGAACAUGUUUA